UCGUUGGUGAGUUAAAUUGUUGAUCACAAUCAACGAAAGAGUUGAAGAAAAGAGAGAGAGAAAAUCUUAAUUGUCAACAGAUUAAAAGUGAAGUUGGUCAGUAAAUUGUUUCUCAUAAUCGACAAUUUAAUUCCGUUGUUAACGUUUCGAUUUUUUCGUUUGUCAAGUUGAAACUUUCGCUUCGUUGUUUGUUUUUUACUUCGUGUUUACAAUCAAGUUAAUUAUUAUUAUUAGAAAAUCAUGUAUUUUACUGGAUCGUUAAUUGUUACCCUUUUAUUGACCAUUAAUUCAAUCAAUUCCUGGCCAAGUGGAGCUCCCGAAAAGACCUGUUCCUCCUUGCGUCCAGUCCAUGGUGCUAAUGUCGCUAAAACAUUGGACACUUCACCUUUCACCUUAACCCAAUCUCAUCAAACUUAUCAACCCGGUGAAAAAGUUAGAGUUGACCUUAAGGCAUCUACUGGUCAAUCAUUUAAAGGAUUAAUGGUCCAAGCUUAUGAUCCAUCAACCGAUAAACCAAUCGGUAAAUUUUUACCUGGACGAGGAUUGAAAACUUAUGAUUCCUGUUCAUCGGUCACUCACACUGACCGUCGGGGUAAACGGGGAGCAAUGUUGAUCUGGGAAGCGCCUAAAGAUGUUUCCGGAAAGGUCGCAUUCAAAGGGACAGUGGUCAAGCGAUUCAGUGAAUUUUAUGAAGGUAUCAAAGCGACAGCAGCACCCAAAUAAUCAAAGGUUAAUUGUUGACCAUUAAGGUCAUCGCAAUCAUCAUUAAACCACCACCGCCAUUGAUUAAAAAACCCUUGACCGCUCUGGUCAAUCAUCAUAAAACCUUAAAUCCAAAGCCUCUGAUUACGAUGGAAACAGUUAAUUGUUAUUCAAUUAUACUUAUUGACCCUUUAAUUGUAAUCAAUGUAAUUUUUUUUUCCUUCAUUUAAUAAGUUCUGAUUAUUUUGAUUCUCAUUUUUGUAUAAAUGUUUGAUUAAUUUGCUCUAAUAACAAUUAAAAAAUCAAUACUAGAAA